GUGAUUGGAGGAAAGGGCUCAGCCAUCCUGGGGGCCUCAAGGGUUGGACCGGGUGGUGUCCUUGGGACUAGGAGGAUCAGAGUGGGCUGGUGGGAAACAGGAAGUCUUUGAGCUGAGACUGCUCUGCCUUCCCUGGAGCUCAGAUUCUCUCCUUUUUCCUUUUGACCUGAGUUCUCUCUGCCUUCCCUGGGACCUAAGAUCGCUCUGCCUUCCAGAAGCCCACUCUGUGCAUGCAGAUCCCAGGGAGCCUGGAUUGAGAGAGAAUGGCUCCUGGGAGCAGCCAAGCCCCAGCCCAGGAGAGAGUGACAUACAAGGAUGUGGCUGUGGACUUCACCCAGGAGGAGUGGAGCCUCUUGGACCAUCCUCAGAAGGCGUACAAGGGGGUCAUGCUGGAGAAUGCCUGGAACCUACUAUCCCUGGGGCUUCCAGUUCCCAGAGAAGAUGUGGUCUCUUCUUUUGAGCAAAAGGAAGCACCAUGGAUGCUGGAGCAAGAAGGCCUGAGGAGCUGCUGUCUAGGAGACAUGAGACUGGAAGUGAAGGAGACUAUGGCAGAGCUAAGUCUUUCUGUGGAAGAAAUUCAGGAGCAAAGAUCCAUGGAUGAUGGUCCCUGUGACAUCACUUGGGGAGAAUUCUGUGCUCUACAUCAGAGAAUCCACACUGGAGAGAAACCUUAUGAAUGUAAUCAGUGUGGAAAGGCUUUCACGAACAGGGCAAGUCUGGCUCAACAUCAGAGAAUCCACACUGGAGAGAAAUUGUAUGACUAUAAUAUGUGUGGAAAGGGUUUUACACCAAGGUCCUGUCUUAAAAUACAUCAGAUAAUCCACACUGGAGACAAAUCUUAUAAAUGUGAUCAAAGUGGAAAGGCUUUUACCCAGAGGUCUUAUCUCAGUGUACAUCAGAAAAUCCACACUGGUGAGAAAUCUUAUGAAUGUAAUCAGUGUGGAAAGACUUUCUGAGGCAGCUCCAGUCUUGCUCAACAUCAAAGAAUUCACACUGGAGAAAAACCUUAUGAAUGUAAUCAGUGUGGAAAAUCUUUCUUACUGAGGGCUCAUCUUGCUAAACAUCAGAGAAUCCAUACUGAAGAGAAACCUUAUGAAUGUAAUCAAUGUGGAAAAUCAUUCCCACUGAAGGCUAAUCUUACUUUACAUAAAAGAAUCCACACUUGUGAGAAACCUUAUGAAUGUAAUCAAUGUGGAAAGGCUUUUAGAGACAAUUCCACUCUUGCUAGACAUCAGAGAAGCCAUACUGGAGAGAAGUCUUAUGAAUGUAAUCAAUGUGGAAAGGCUUUUAGAGACAGUGCCACUCUUGCCAGACAUCAGAGAAUUCACACUGGAGAGAAACCUUAUGAAUGUAAUCAAUGUGGAAAGGCUUUUACAGUCAGGGGCCUAAGGAACCCUUGAGGACAUUGCCAUUUCCUUCAGCACAGAGUUUCUAGGGCAUCACUCCCUUUUCUAGUGGAGGAGGUGUUACAGUGCCCCUCACUUCUGGGAUUAUGUUCCCACUGGGCUCAAGGGCC